GCCAGCCGACGCAUUUCCCUCCAACGCAAUAGAACCGCACACCGUCAGCAACCGGCGCGUAAAGGACAAGCGCCACCGUGAACCCAGAACCCAAAACCCAAGCGACAAAUUUCCAUGGCGGUAGAGAAUCAGAAUUUCAUGGAAAUUCAAAUUCCGCAUCAGAAGCACUACCACGGAACUAAUUUCCCCUUAGUUCUAUCCCCAACUUCAGCUCUUCCGGCCAGCAUCUCAUCCUUCUCUCGAGCCAUCAAGAACCAGAAACCACUAAUCGAUUCACUGCUACUCAAAUCCGGAGCAGUACUCUUCAGAGGUUUUCCGGUUGAAGUAGCAUCCGACUUCAACGACGUCGUAGAGGCCUUUGGUUUCGAGGAGUUUCCGUACGUGGGAGGCGCAGCCCCUCGAACCAGGGUCGUUGGUCGGGUUUUCACGGCCAACGAGUCACCGCCGGACCAGAAGAUCCCCUUCCAUCAUGAAUUGGCCCAGGUGCCUGAAUUUCCGGCCAAAUUGUUUUUCUUUUGUGAAGUAGAGCCUGGAAAUGGGGGAGAAACACCCAUUGUUCUCAGUCAUGUUGUUUAUGAGAGAAUGAGAGAGAGAUAUCCAGAAUUUGUUCAGAGGUUGGAGGAACAGGGUCUAAUUUACACACGAGUGCUGGGAGAAGGCGAUGAUCCAUCUUCUCCAAUUGGCCGUGGUUGGAAAUCUACAUUUCUGACGGACGACAAGGGCAUUGCUGAAGAAAGGGCAGCUAAGUUGGGAAUGAAGUUGGAGUGGCUAGAAGAUGGAGUGAAAACAGUCAUGGGUCCAAUCCCAGCCAUCAAGUACGAUGAAGUGCGGGGGCGCAAGAUUUGGUUUAACAGCAUGGUGGCAGCUUACACGGGCUGGGAAGAUGUGAGGAACAAUCCCGUAAAUGCCGUAACUUUCGGGGACGGUACUGCAUUGCCAGCUGAUAUCAUCUAUGGUUGCUUGAGAAUUCUGGAAGAGGAGUCCGUUGCCAUUCCUUGGCAGAAGGGUGAUAUUUUGCUGAUAGACAAUUGGGCUGUCCUUCACUCUCGGAGGCCUUUCCUCCCUCCUCGCCGUAUACUAGCUUCACUUUGCAGGUAAAUAAUCCAUCCCAAAGCCUUUGAUACUAAAGGGAAAAAUGAAAAUCAUGUAUGAAUUAGAUUAUGGUUAUUCUGCAGCAGAUGAUUGAUUUCUUGAAGUAUAUUGAAAUUAAUGCUGUUACUCAUCCUUCAUUCUCCCUCAUGUAAAGAAAGUAUUCAAUGAAAUUGUGAUAAUUUUAAUAAUGUGACGCCUUGGGCUUUCUUCUGUUCA